GAGGGGUGGAGACUCGCCUGCAGCUGCCUGGCCUAGGUGUGCUGAGAUCUGCCUGUUUAGCAACAGCCAUGUUCCGGCCCAGCUGAGCUCCAGCCUGGCAGUCCAUGGGGAGCCCCACACACAGUGCCCUGCUGCUGCUCCCCGUUGCCUUUCUGCUGACCUUUUCGCCAGCUGCACCCUGGACCCACCUGCCUCUUGGCCGCCCACAAGUCACCACCAACUUUGAAUGCAGAGCCAAAGUGCACGGGGCCCUACCCAAACCACGAUGCCACCGAAAACUGAGGGAAGGACCAUCUCUCUCUGUUCCUACCCUUGCUCUCAGCACAGUUCAGCUAUGCCAGCAUAGAUGCCAGACGUGUGUGCGUGUUCGCUUGGCUGUGAAUGCUACAGGCAUAGAAGGAGUGGAACUGCAUUUCCUGGUAAUGAAUUCUAACCGCUCUGGCCGGCUUCAAGUCUUCAGGCGACGGAAGCAGCGGGCAGAUACAGGAAACUUGUGGAAGGUGCAGUUUGACUGUUUCACAGCAGAGAGUGGCCAACAGGUUUCCGUCUGGCUGGAAUCCCUUCCCAAUGGGGUGCUAAUUCUCAAUCAGAGCCUUCAAGUUAUUAAUAAGAAGUCAGGGCCCAAGUUCCACUACACAUGGAUGCCAGCAGCUCGGAGAAUUGAGGUGUCUGUUCCUGAAGGCCCCAACAUCACUGUGCGCCUCUGCCACCAGCUGGCUCUGGAGUGUGAAGAAUUGCAUCCCCCCUUCCACCGGCAGGCACUGGUUUCCAGUCAUCAUCCUGCUGAGCUGCCGUAUGAGUUCCUGCUGCCUUGCUUAUGUAUUGAGGCAUCGUAUGAGCACCACGACGGUCUGCGCGAGAAGGUGUGCCCUUUCCAGAAUCAGCAGGAGGCCUAUGAUUCAGAGCUCUGGUCCUCGACACAGAUCCAGGACUACAGCACCACAGACAAAGCCCGAAUGGCGAUGUCUCUAUAUGGUCGCUGCUUUCUUCAUCCUACUGCCUCCCUCUGCUGGAAGGAAAGUGCUACUCCAGAAGCAACCUGUUACGACAUCCCCAAUUCCACAGCCACCAGAUUUGACCAGGUUUAUAUCCUUGAGGAUGUGGAUGUGCACCCUCAGCUGUGCUUCAAGUUUUCUUAUAGUAACAGCAGCCGUGUUGAGUGCCCGCACCGGAUAGACACUGUCUGGAAUGUCUCUCUCAGUGUCCAGUUCCUGCAGGUCCACUUGCAUUUCCACUCCCACGUACCAGCAUCCUUCAGUUCAGCCUUAUGUCAACAGCAGCAGCCUCUGGACCAGUGUGUGCAAGAACCACCAAUCUAUACCAUCACACAUCCAGAAGGACCGGACCCAUGGGAUCUAGACCUUAUCCUGCCUUGGCGGAUCUCAAGGAGCUGUGUACUGGUCUGGCGUUCUGAUGUGCGCUUCUCUGGCAAACAGCUUCUGUGCCCAGAUAUUUCUCGCAAGUACUGGGGGCUACUGGCCUUUGGACUGGGAGUGGGACUGGGGAUGCUGGUAGGAAUCAUCCUGCUGAUUCGCUGGGGCUUGCACAGAUUCCACAGAGAUAUCCCCAGCAGAGGCUGUUCCCGUCCCAUCCUAUUGAUCUAUUCUCCUGACUCAGAGGAGCACAAGCAGUUGGUGUGUGCCUUUGCUGCACUGUUGCGUUCAGCGCUGUGCUGCCCUGUGCUGCUGGACCUCUGGGAACUGAGCCAUGUGGGGCGGCUGGGCAUCUUGCCCUGGAUGUAUGCCCAGCGAGAACAUGUCAGCCGGGAGCAGGGGCAAGUGCUGGUCCUGUGGAGUGCAGGCAGUGCGUGUGCCUAUGGACUUUGGCAAGGGAAAGCGAGAGCUGGCACCCAGCCAGCUCCAGAGCCCCACGACCUGUUUGGGGCCGCCAUGGCCUGCUUGCAAGGUGAACUGCGGAGCACAUCAGGGGCUGCCCAACAAAGUGACUGGGUAAUAGCCUAUUUCAGCAAGCUGUGCGGACGACGGGACAUUCCCCAGGCCCUGCGCUAUCUUCCCCGCUAUCGCCUACCUCAGGAACUGCCUGGCCUAGUGAGGGUACUACAGGGCCCUUCCAUGUCAACCCCUGGCUGGUUCAGAGCCAGUGCCAAAGCCUUGGUGCGCCGCCUACUCAGGGCCGAGAAGAAGAAAGCUCCACGAAGCCGGCUCCAUCAGCCCUGGAGGAAAACUACAGAUAGGUUUGCAGGCUCUCUCUUUCCUCUUGCUCAUCGCAAACUGCGUAGACCAAACUGCACUUGAGUGGUUGCUAAGAGACACACAUCUAUGGACCCAAAGGUGGUUCAAUGGAACAGCCCCACGUUGUGUGUGAGUGGCAGGAUGUGGGCACAAAGCAGGCCUCAGAAAGGUCUGCUCCCUUCUAUAAGCUAGAGGCCAGGCAUUUAUAGCCUGCCCCUCCCAAGAAGAAGGGCCAAACUCAGCCCAGUAUCCUGAGGAAAGGAGAGGCUGCCCUGCCUGCCAGCUGGGCUUGACCUCACAUGGUGGCCAUGGCAACAGUUGCCAUGCCAAUGACAGCAUGCUGUAAGUUGAUGCUAGUAAGGAGAGAAAGUUGGAAGGUCAGUCAUGCUGAAAGAGGGACUGUGCAAUAUUUGUGUCGUAUGUGUAUGACAGGCAUGUCGAAAGAUUGUAGGGAGCUCUGUUGGCUCACAGAAACAUUCGCAAAAGAAAAGGCAAGCAACACCUUUUUAUUAGAAGUCUCGUAGCACCUUAAAGGCUAACAAAAUUUAUUCCAGCAUAAGCUAUCAUGAAUCAGACCUCAUCACAAAAUGGUGGGCAAGCUUUUGAGUUCCCCAGAACUCUUCAGGUUGGAUGUUCAGUACAAAGCAAGAAAAGUGAGGGUGGGGGAAAGAAAAAAGUGUUUCAUGCUAUGAUGGAAAAGCUCCAUUCUGCAGCAUGUAAAAUCCGGAACAGAACACAGUCUUAACUGUAUGAUGUGGCCCUAGGUGUGCAAGAAGUUUCAGGGUGCACCAAGGCUAUUGGGACAGAGAAGCCAACAAAAUGGCCACAUUCUCUUGGAGAAUAUUAAACUUAGCAGUUAAUCAGCUGUCUUUCCAGCACACAUAGUUUGUGUCAGUGGUUUCCCAACUGGAGCAGUCUACCAAGGCCUGUUGUUAGGACUGACAGAGGGCAGAAGGUCAUGCCAAGCAUCCUGAGCCCACCCACCCCUCCCACUACUAAGUACCAGGGCAACGUGCCCACAACCUAAUAGCCAAAUGGGAUAGGCUGACUGUACGUUGUUCGCUGACAAGUGCCAUGAGUCAUAAAUCCCUUUGAUAUCUCCUGUUCGGAUAAAAACAAAACAAGGGGUGUGGCAAAGGGAGGGGGUUCUUAUUUUGCUGUAUGUAUUCCAGCUGUCACGGCUGGCUCUCACUCAGGUCCUAUAUAUA